CAUAAAAGCCAAGUGCAUGCUACCAGCAGCAGAUCAGAGCACUUUCUCAGUCCUCCUCUGUUUUGAGCCAGUGAUCUUCUCUCCUUGGAUCUUGUAUACUCAAGAAAGGGAAGAAAACGCUGAUUGUCAGAAUUCUUCAAAUUUGAUACUCAGCACUGUUAUGAUCUCUUCAUUACUGGAUGUUGAGUCUGGAUAUCAGAACCGGUAGGGUGAAGUGCUCUCCUAUUAAGCCAAGGGACCAACUUAAAAUCAAGAAAGUAACAACGGGCCUAACACAAUCAGGAAAUCUAGGUCUCUUAAAGUGAAAAGCAAACAACCUGUCCUUCUGCCCCUUCCUGAAAUCUAAAUGUGAUGGCCGGGCUGCUCUUCCCUGUGCAGCUGCUGGCAGUGGCUGUCACCAUCUACCUAGAGCUGGUGAGGUCUGCUCAAGGCGGCGUCUACUAUGGGAUCAAGCAGCUGCCACCCCAGAUGCCCCAGUACCAACCCCUUGGACAACAAGUACCUCACAUGCCGCUGGGCAAAGAAGGCAUCCCGAUGCAGCACAUGGGCAAGGAGGUGCCCCACAUGCAGUAUGGGAAGGAGUACCCCCACCUGCCUCAGUACAUGAAGGAGGUGCCGCAGAUGCCUCUGCUUGGCAAGGACAUGGCUCCCAAGAAAGAGAAAGAAAUGCCCGUGCGCAGUCUGAGGGGUGAACAAGGUCCCCCUGGUGAGCCUGGACCAAGAGGGCCACCGGGGCCACCAGGAUUACCAGGUCAUGGUGUGCCGGGAGCCAAAGGAAAACCGGGCCCACAAGGAUAUCCAGGAAUUGGGAAGCCGGGUUUGCCAGGGAUGCCGGGGAAACCAGGGGUGAUGGGGCCCCCGGGGCCAAGAGGGGAGAUGGGGCCGAAGGGGGAGGUUGGGCCCAUGGGGAUACCUGGCCCGCAAGGACCGCCAGGGCCUCACGGGCUUCCUGGCAUAGGGAAGGCAGGUGCUCCGGGGCUGCAAGGGCAGCCGGGCCCCAAGGGCGAGCCUGGGAUGAAGGGGCCCCCGGGAGCCCCCGGGAUCCCAGGGCCAAAAGGGGAGAAGGGCGUUGGGAUCCCGGGUUUGCCGGGGCUGAAGGGUCCGCCUGGGCUGCCUGGCCCCCCCGGCCCCGUGGGGCUGCCAGGGGUCGGCAAACCAGGCAUGGUCGGCUUCCCCGGCCCGCAGGGACCCCUGGGCAAACCCGGGCCCCCAGGAGAGCUGGGGCUACAGGGACCCCCGGGUGUCCCCGGGAUCCAGGGCCCUCCCGGUGUGCCCGGAGUGGGCAAACCCGGCCAGGACGGCGUCCCUGGCCAGCCGGGUUUCCCGGGUGGCAAAGGGGAGCAAGGCUUGCCAGGCCUGCCCGGGCCUCCUGGCCUCCCCGGCGUCGGGAAGCCAGGCUUCCCUGGGCCCAAGGGUGAGCGUGGUGUGGGAGGCCUGCCCGGGCCCCUGGGGCCAAAGGGGGAGAAGGGGCACGCGGGGCCACCUGGCAUGGGGGGGCCACCAGGGGAGCCAGGCCAGCCAGGCCUGCCAGGCAUCAUGGGCCCGCCAGGGGCCGCCGGCUUCCCGGGACCCAAAGGAGAAGGCGGCGCCGUGGGAGACAGGGGCCCCUCGGGCAUCCCGGGCAUCGCAGGACCCAGCGGUCCCAUUGGUCCCCCAGGGCUGCCAGGGGCAAAGGGUGAGCCCGGCCUGCCCGGCCCCCCCGGCUUCCCUGGCGUGGGCAAACCCGGCGCCGCGGGACUGCAGGGACCCCCAGGGAAGCCCGGAGCACUUGGUCCCCCUGGUCAGCCGGGACUCCAGGGGCCGCCCGGCCCCCCCGGCCCCCCAGGUCCCCCCAUGAUAAUCCCACCCACUCCGCCGGCCGUGGGACAGUACCUGCCCGAGGUGGGGCCAGGGAUAGAGGGCAUCAAGCCCCCCUACGGCUACAUGGGCAAGAAGGGCAAGGCCGGCGGCAUCGUCUACGAGAUGCCGGCGUUCACGGCGGAGCUGCUCACCCCCUUCCCCCGGGUCGGGGUGCCCGUGAAGUUCGACAAGCUCCUCUACAAUGGCCGGCAGAACUACAACCCCCAGACGGGGAUCUUCACCUGCGAGAUCCCCGGCGUCUACUACUUCGCCUACCACGUCCACUGUAAAGGGGCCAGCGUCUGGGUGGCGUUGUUCAAGAACAACGAACCGCUGAUGUACACCUAUGACGAGUACAAGAAGGGCUUCCUGGACCAGGCUUCGGGCAGCGCCGUUGUCCAGCUGAAGCACGGAGACAAGGUUUACGUUCAGAUGCCCUCUGAGCAGGCGGCAGGACUCUACGCUGGGCAGUACGUUCAUUCGUCUUUUUCUGGAUAUUUAUUGUAUCCCAUGUAAAACAAACACCAGAUACACACACAAAAUCAAAACCUUUCUUCUCUGCUUCAAACUUUUAUACCGUGAAAGAUGCAUUUUAUGACCGUUUUGGACCAUCUUGUACAAAAAAAAAAACCAAACAAAGUUUAACAUUAUGCACAGCUAGUUAUAAAAAAACAAAGUGUGGUGAACAUAUCUAAA